AAAGCAUAGGAAAAAUGAGCCACAAACAAUCCCAGAUCUAGCAAAGGCAAGCAAGUCGCAGUGGAGAAAUUUUUGGCUAUAAAUAAGCCAAAGGCCUGUCCGCAAAAUUCGCGCUGUUCUCUUCUACACAAUUAGUUGAAGAAGAAGAAGAGGGAACCAAAAGAACUAGUCUUUCUACCUCUCCGCAAGAGCAAUGGCGUCUCACAUUGUUGGAUACCCCCGUAUGGGACCCAAGAGAGAGCUCAAGUUUGCUUUGGAAUCAUUCUGGGAUGGGAAGAGCAGUGCUGAAGAUCUACAAAAGGUUGCAGCUGAUCUCAGGUCUUCCAUCUGGAAGCAGAUGGCUGAUGCUGGGAUCAAGUACAUUCCCAGCAACACUUUCUCCUACUACGAUCAGGUGCUUGACACCACUGCCAUGCUUGGUGCUGUUCCACCAAGAUACGGCUGGAAUGGUGGUGAGAUUGGAUUCAGCACCUACUUCUCUAUGGCCAGAGGAAAUGCAUUUGUACCCGCUAUGGAAAUGACCAAGUGGCUUGACACCAACUACCAUUUUAUUGUCCCUGAAUUGGGCCCCGAUGUGAAUUUCUCCUAUUCUUCACACAAGGCUGUAGAUGAAUACAAGGAGGCUAAGGCGCUUGGAGUGGAUACUGUUCCAGUCAUUAUUGGCCCAGUAUCAUACUUGUUGCUGUCAAAACCUGCAAAGGGUGUUGAGAAGACCUUUUCUCUUCUCUCUCUUCUCGACAAAAUUAUCCCUGUCUACAAGGAAGUUAUUUCCGAUCUCAAGGCUGCUGGUGCUUCAUGGAUUCAAUUUGAUGAGCCCACACUUGUGUUGGAUCUUGAUUCACACAAAUUGCAAGCAUUUACUGAUGCCUAUGCUGCUCUAGAAUCAACCCUUUCUGGCUUGAAUGUACUCGUUGAGACCUACUUUGCUGAUGUCCCUGCUGAGGCAUACAAGACUCUCACAGGAUUGAAGGGUGUCACAGCAUAUGGCUUUGAUUUUGUUCGUGGAGCUAAAACUGUUAAUUUGAUUAAGGGUGGAUUCCCCAAGGGAAAACACCUCUUUGCUGGAGUGGUUGAUGGAAGGAACAUUUGGGCCAAUGAUCUUGCUGCUUCUCUCAGCACAUUGGGGGAUCUUGAGGGCAUUGUUGGAAAAGAUAAACUUGUGGUCUCCACCUCUUGCUCGCUUCUCCACACUGCCGUCGAUCUUGCUAAUGAGCCUAAGCUGGACAAGGAAAUAAAAUCAUGGUUGGCUUUUGCUGCCCAGAAAAUUGUUGAAGUCAAUGCAUUGGCCAAGGCUUUGGCUGGGCAGAAGGAUGAGGAAUUUUUCUCUGCUAAUGCUGCUGCUCAAGCUUCAAGAAAGUCGUCCCCAAGGGUGACCAAUGAGGCUGUCCAAAAAGCUGCUGCUGAUUUGAAGGGUUCUGAGCAUCGCCGAGCAACCAAUGUGAGUGCUAGACUUGAUGCUCAACAGAAGAAGCUUAACCUUCCAGUUCUUCCAACUACCACCAUUGGAUCCUUCCCUCAGACCAUUGAACUCAGAAGGGUUCGACGUGAAUACAAGGCCAAGAAAAUUUCUGAGGAGGAAUAUGUCAAGGCCAUUAAGGAGGAAAUCAACAAAGUUGUCAAGCUCCAGGAAGAGCUUGAUAUUGAUGUCCUGGUUCAUGGGGAACCUGAGAGAAAUGAUAUGGUUGAGUACUUCGGAGAGCAAUUGUCAGGAUUUGCCUUCAGUGCUAAUGGAUGGGUGCAGUCUUAUGGAUCUCGUUGUGUGAAGCCACCAAUCAUCUAUGGUGAUGUUAGCCGCCCCAAGCCAAUGACUGUCUUCUGGUCCUCUACAGCUCAAAGCAUGACUGCUCGCCCAAUGAAGGGGAUGCUUACAGGCCCUGUUACCAUUCUUAACUGGUCCUUUGUUCGGAAUGACCAGCCUAGAUCUGAAACUUGCUACCAGAUUGCUUUGGCUAUCAAGGAUGAAGUGGAGGAUCUUGAGAAGGCUGGUAUCAAUGUUAUCCAAAUUGAUGAGGCUGCUUUAAGAGAAGGUUUGCCUCUUAGGAAGUCUGAGCAAGCUUUCUACUUGGAAUGGGCUGUCCACUCCUUCAGGAUUACCAACUGUGGUGUCCAGGACACGACUCAGAUCCACACUCACAUGUGCUAUUCAAACUUUAACGACAUCAUCCACUCGAUCAUCAACAUGGAUGCUGAUGUGAUCACCAUUGAGAACUCGCGAUCUGAUGAGAAGCUCCUGUCAGUCUUCCGUGAGGGAGUGAAAUACGGUGCUGGAAUUGGCCCUGGUGUCUAUGACAUCCACUCUCCUAGAAUACCGUCAACAGAAGAAAUUGCUGACAGGAUCAACAAGAUGCUUGCGGUGCUCGAGACCAACAUUUUGUGGGUUAACCCUGAUUGUGGUCUCAAGACCCGCAAAUACUCUGAGGUGAAGCCAGCACUCAGCAACAUGGUUGCUGCUGCUAAACAACUCCGAACCCAGCUCGCCAGCGCCAAAUGAAUGGUUUAAGAGUGUUGGAAUUCAAUUUGCUAAGAAGGCGGAGAAAUCUUGUUUUAUUGUUCUAAUGACUGUGUGAUGAAAUAUUUAGUUGGUUGAUAUGCUCUGGGACCCAUUUUUUUUUUUUUCCUUUAUUUUCUUUACAUUAAUAUUUUUGUAUUUUUGAGGCACAGCCUCCUUAUCUUUCCGAAGGCAUCAAACUGCUUAAUGUAUAAGUGAAGGCAAUGCCAUUACCAGUU